AUGGCUGACAAAUACCGUGAGAUCGGAUUUGCCCAACAAAUACUUGGUCUAAAUUUGGUACCAAGAAAAAACGGUUCUCUUGGAAACGACACCUCUUUGAGCGACUUCUCGGAGAUGUGGUAUGGAGUGUUCCUGUGGGCAGCUGUUUCGUCUCUGAUGUUCCACCUUCCUGCUGCACUGUUGUCUUUGGCCACUCUGCGCCAACAUAAAAUCGCCCGCUUCAUGCCCAUCGCCAUCACUCUUAUGGGCAUCAUUGGACCGCUCUGUGGAGGGGUUCUCACCAGUGCUGCUAUUGCUGGUGUGUACAAGGCUGCAGGGAAGAAGAUGAUCUCUCUUGAAGCUCUGGUCUUUGGUGUGGGCCAGUCAUUUUGCGUUCUCAUAAUAUCUUUCCUCAGGAUUUUAGCUACUCUUUAG